CUUGUCCUGGGCUCACUUCAGGGGCCGCCAGUCCGUCUUGGCUCUUGCCGACGGGAGCGAUGCCCUCACCCCAUGGGCAUCGACAUAUCCGGUAAAGAACUGGGAGUGUGUUAAUCUGGACGUCAGCAUGCUGGAUGCUGGCCUCGUCCUGUACCUGGGCCUGGUGGUGCUCUUCGUAUGGCGCUUUCUGUCCGGUUGGCGGCUCUGCGGGGCUUGGAUGGAGUAUGCCAACUACUGCAUGUUGCUCUACAUGCUGCUCUUGGUGCUCAAUGCUUGGGCCAUCUACUCCUUCAUUAGCUUAGCCCUACGACCUGAAGGCAGCCAGGUUUGGGAGCCCCUGCCCAGAUGGCUGCGACCUAUGGUGCUGGGCACACCUGCUGCCGCUGUGUUCACCUACAUUCUGGCUUUCAUCCAGACCUGUCAGCAUGUGAACGAGAUCCGCCGGGGUGCUGGAACCCUUAAGCACGACCGCGCCGUGCAGAUCAUAGCGCUGCCGGCGGUGUUCGGGUGCAUGGCCAUGAACGCUUUGACAAAGGUCUUUCAAAGCGCUGCAAGGUACAACAUAGAGGACCCGCAGAGAUCUGCCGCCCCGUCCUUGCUCCUUCGGGGCUUCCGGGGCCCGGAGGGCCCCUCCGGGGGCCCAGGCUCGAACUCCACGAACACCGAGCAGUUCUACAUGGCGCAGGUGGAAACCUGCUACCAGGUGGGCGAUCUUUACGAGGCCUGGGCGUUGUACCAAUUCUGCAAGAUGACACUGGAGAUCCUGAAGAAUUCCUUGGAACAUGUCGCCAAAGAAAAAAGCGACAGCGAAAGGAAGACGGUGGCCUCCGGUUUGCUGGUGGCCCACAAAUCCCUGGCGGACAUCGCCUACACGGGAGUGAGCAUGUUCCUGGUGGUGUGUUGCGCGGAAGCGGGCUGGUCCCUCUACCUGCUCACCUUCACCAACCCAGAGGAGAACUGGGCUGACUACAACAGCCAGAUGGGCAAGUUCCAGGCGGCGGGGCUGGUGGCUUCGAUGGCGGCCAUCUACAACCUCAGCACCGUGGAAAUGGAAUUCCACACCUACUUCCAAGAUUAUGGGCCGCUUCUGAAGUUCAUGACGGUGAAGCUUCUGCUGUCGCUGGCCUACUUCCAGAAGGGCUGCGUCUACGUGCUGCAGACGGUGAACCGCUCGCUGCCUGGACUGCUGCAAAGCAUCAUUGGCAAAGUGCCCUUUGUCAAGGAGCUGGUGAGUAUGGGCGAGACGGAGUUCUACCUGUUCUACUCCUCCGUCAUACUCUACGAGUGCGUCUUGGGUGUGUUUCUCCACUAUUUUGCCUGGCCUUCGGACGAGAGUUUCUAUGGCCUCGACGAAGAGACCUGCGAAGGCACCGAGGCGGAGAAGAAGCCUUUGUUGGACAAGGCGGCAGCCUCGGCAUGACUGGCUUGCCAGGCUGUGCGUUGCAAA